CAACAACAACAACAACAACAACAGUCAACUUUGGACGACGCCAAUUGCCGCCGCCGUCAUCAUACAUAUUCCAGCCAGGCACGGGGACUGCCGCACCCAAAGUGGUUGAUGGCUGCGGGGUCGCGCCCGCGCCCGCGCCCAGGAAAAAGUCUGCCUGGGCCUGCCUGGCUGUGGCUGCUGCCCCCAGCCAAUCCUCCGCCGCGACGACUCCUCCGCGCCGAACCACACUCCUCAUCGCAUCCCUUCUCCGCGUGCUUUGCUUCUCUCGCGUCGUCGUCGCAUCGAUCCCCGGCACCACCACAACCCACACACAUCCCCCUCAACGGCUAUCAUGAACGUGCCGUUGCCGCGCAGCGCGGCAGCAGCCGCUGCCCGCCGUCUGCUGGUGCCCAUGCCCCGAGCGCGGUGCGUGGGCCACCUCCCGGCACAUUAUUACGCGUCAUCAACAUCACUGCAAGGUGCAACAGCAUCGCUCCGCCUCUACCACUCUUGCAGCAGCAGCAGCAUCAGCAGCGCGACCACGACGACAAAGCACAAGCACAUGCUGUCACUCCGCCGCCCGUCGCCGUCCAUGCUCGCCACGUCCCUCCGCUUCCGUUUCAACUCGUCUUCUACCCGUCCCCCAGCCAAAGACCCCAAGGUCAAGAACGACGGCUCGGCCGCCGCCGCCGAGGGCGACAAGGUCGGAUUCAAGGGUGACGCUGGCAAGGAGCACAAGCAGUCUUUCCGGGCCAAACUCAACCGCGCGUGGUCUACGCCUACCAAAUGGUUCCCCAUCCCCAUUGCUCUCGGUGCGCUUGUCCUCGUCGCAGUCCAGUACAGGAAGCAGUUGUUGGGUGGGGAGCCAGAGGUAGUCAGGCAGCGUGAUGGUGGUGCGGUCGUUACCAGUCCCGAUGGUCCAUGGCAGGUUCGUAUCCUCGGCGCACUUCCGCUACGCAGCAUGUCCCGGCUAUGGGGAUACCUCAACUCGCUCGUGCUCCCUGUGUGGUUCCGACCAUUCGGCUUCAAGCUCUACGGCUACAUCUUUGGCUGCAACAUGAACGAGUUUACGCCAGAGGAUUUGAAGUCGUACGAGUCGCUUGGACAGUUCUUCUAUCGCGAGCUCAAGCCUGAUGUUCGCCCGAUCGCCGAUGCGCCUCUCGUAUCGCCUUCUGACGGCCGCGUUCUGCACUGUGGUACGAUUGUCGGCGAAAAGGUCGAGCAGGUCAAGGGCAUGACGUAUUCGCUGGAGGCGUUGCUGGGCACCGAGGACGUGGCUGUCGGAGAGGCUUUGCAGAUUGGCCGCCAGAGCGCGUCGCCGACCGUUGGUGGCGCGCAGACCAAGGUUGUCGACGACGAGAACUUUGCCAACAUCAACGACAUCCCCUACUCGCUCUCGUCGCUCAUCGGCAAGGACAGCGCCGCCGAGGUUCGCGAGGACGACACGGAGACAGAAAAGCACAAACACACGGCGACGGGCGAGCACGACGCGUCGGUCGAUGCGCCCACCGACUUCCAGCACGACGCCCACGUCGCGGCGCGUCUUGGUAUGGGCGCGCUGGGCCGCGCGACCGACUCGUCGACUGAGAUUGGCCACCUGAAGCGGGACCACAAGCUCUGCUUCAUUGUCAUCUACCUCGCUCCCGGCGACUACCACCGCUUCCACUCGCCAUGCGCGUGGGUCGUCGAGCGCCGCCGCCACUUCACUGGCGAUCUGUUCUCCGUCUCGCCCUACGUCGCCAACCGGUUGCGCAACCUGUUCGUGCUCAACGAACGCGUCGCGCUUCUCGGCCGCUGGAAGGAGGGCUUCUUCUCCAUGGUUCCCGUCGGCGCGACCAACGUCGGCUCGAUCGUUGUCAACUUUGACAAGACGCUGCGCACCAACACUGCCAAGCCGACGCACCCUGCCAACACGUUCACCGAGGCCGUCUACUCCUCCGCCUCGGUUCUCCAGGGCCAGCCGCUGCUUCCUGGCGAGGAGAUGGGUGGCUUCAAGCUCGGCUCGACGAUUGUGCUCGUGUUCGAGGCACCAAAGUCGUUCCAGUUCAAGGUGAAGCCUGGAGACAAGGUCAAGGUGGGCGAGGCGCUUGGCGCUUAGGAGUGUGGGGAUGGUCACAC